AGCAUGCUCAGUGUGGCGCGGAGCGCGUUGUUAGUCGGGUCUUUGUAGAGGUGAUUUCUUCGUUUCCGGUAUCACGUUGGCGUCGUUUCCGCCACGUGACGCCAUUUGAAAAAUGAUCUUUUUUCAAUUCCAUUGAAGCAACAUUAUGUGAAAAUUAUUAUGUUACAAUUAUAAAAAAUAGAAAAAAAAAAUUAAAAUACAGUGCUUCAAAUAUUCAAAAAUUGUUGUUUAUAUUUAUAUAGAAGAAGUGAAAUGUAUCCUUUACAUUGGACGUUGAGCCUUGCAAUCUUGGAUUAGGAAUAUAUAUAUAUAGUCUUGGAUCGACGAGACGAAGAGAAAGAUCUUUGCGUCUUACUUCAUCUCAAAGAGAAUCAUAGCAGUAUAUUGUAGCAACACAGAGAAGCAUAAAGCCGGUUUUUCGAACCUGUCCAAAGAUAAUAAUAUGAAGAUUUGAGCGGGUGUAUAUACAAAGGUGCAUUGGAACAAGGAAAAAUUGAAGCGUCAAGUAUUAUAGAAGAGGAUCCAAGGAAUCAUAUAUACUCAUUGGGGAUUUCAUGUAGAACGAGAUGACAAAAAGUUAAAAAAAAAAAAAAAAAAAAAAAGUGUAUAAAUUUGGAAGUCGUGUUAUUGAGCCACGGGAAAAAAAAGUGUCGGAAGCAGUGAUGCGUUCUAACAGUGCUGUACCAAGUGAGAUGACUGGUUCUUUGGAUUGUAGAUAGCAUUAGUGGUGUAUGCGUGAAGGUCAAUGCAUGCUACGCCACUGGCCUGGGCCCACGUGACCAGGGGGCCCGUAAUGUCCCCACGAGAAGGCCGAUGGGCCCGAGCAUUGCACCUGGUUAUUCUGCUGGUCAUGUGGUUGACGUUCACCAAUGCCUGGCCUCUCCAACCGGUACCACCACACAAAGGGAUUACGCGUAGGACGUACAUCAGACAUUAUGAACCUGCCUGGUACGAUACGACUGCUUUGCAACGACAUCAAGAGAGGGUGCGUCGCGACGCUCCCGACUCCAUCAGGGAUCAACCGUUAAUCUUGCGUGUUCACGUUCUCGACAGACAAUGGACAAUGAGAUUGACUCGCGAUUCAGAUCUUUUCGCGAAGGAUGCUGUUUUUGAAGGUACUAAUGGACCAAUAAAAUUUGACUCUACACAUUCCUACAGUGGUACCAUUCAGGAUGAUGAAAAUGCUGUGGUGCAAGGACUUGUGACAGAUGACGGGCUUUUUGACGGUACGAUAGUGACAGGUUUCGAAGAGUACUAUAUCGAACCAACAAGCCGAUAUUUGUCCGGAGAUGACGACACAUCACCCCCUUACCACACCAUAGCAUAUCGUGCUUCCGACGUUAUGACGCCAUCACAUCCACUUCCUUGUGCCAGUCACGAUCUACAUCAAGGCAUCCUAAGCGAGUCCUUAGAUCGGGCAUUAAAUGUUACCAAUGAAGCAUCACAGCCAUACUAUGAACAUUUAUUAGAUAAUGAAAUUCGAUUGAAUGGAGGGUUUUAUUCAAAGGAAGAAAAAUUGAAAACCGUGAAAACAGAGGAGAAUUACGACUUAAAAUACAUGGACAGAUUAGACAGAGAGAGAUUUGUCAGACAUUUGAACAAACGUGCAACAGUGGAUCCACGGAAAACUACAUGUAUGCUUUAUCUGCAAGCUGAUCAUCAGUUCUUCGCUCGAUAUGGCACGGAGGAAGCUUGCAUUGAAGUUAUGACUAGGCACGUGCAGAGGGUCAACUCGAUUUACAAACACACAGAUUUCAAUCAGGAUGGAAGGCCCGACAAUAUCAGUUUCAUGAUCAAAAGGGUGAAAGUUCACAGUGGAGAUGCUUUGAAAGACCCAAAUUACAGAUUUCCAGGAAACUAUGGCGUUGAGAAAUACUUGGAAUUGUUUUCCGAGGAAGAUUAUGACGCAUUCUGUCUGGCUUAUAUGUUCACCUAUCGCGAUUUUGAAAUGGGUACUUUGGGUUUGGCUUGGACAGGCGACCUAAAAAAUGCAGGCGGAGUGUGUGAGAAAAAUGGGCAUUAUCGUGGAAGCAUGAAAUCCUUAAAUACGGGUAUAGUGACCUUGUUGAAUUAUGGGAAGCACGUCCCUCCCGCAGUUUCUCACGUGACUUUGGCCCACGAGAUUGGUCACAACUUUGGCUCACCGCACGAUCCCGAGCAAUGCACACCUGGUGGAGAGGAUGGCAAUUUUAUAAUGUUCGCUCGCGCUACCAGCGGUGACAAGCGAAACAAUAAUCGUUUCAGUCCUUGUAGUCUUAAUGCCAUCAAUCCUGUUCUGAACACGAAAGCUCGUUCUCAUAAAGGAUGCUUUACUGAGCCCCAGGCAUCGUUAUGUGGAAAUGGAGUUGUCGAGGAUGGAGAGGAGUGCGAUUGUGGAUGGGAAGAAGAUUGCAAGGACUCGUGUUGCUUUCCUCAACGUCGAUAUCCACCGACUGAUGAAACACCAUGUACAUUAACUCCUGGUUCAAUUUGCAGUCCUAGUCAGGGUCCAUGCUGUACGACGAAUUGCAUGCUGAGAUUUUCUGAUAAAUGUAGAGAUGACAACGGAUGUAGAGAUGCCAGUUUUUGCGACGGAAGAGCACCCUAUUGUCCCCCAUCCAUUAACAAGCCGAACAAAACCAUCUGCAAUCAAGAGCUCGUUUGCUUUAUGGGGGAGUGCACGGGCAGUAUUUGUCUAGCUUAUGGCUUGGAAUCCUGUCAGUGCAUACCAGGACCAAACGAUCCUGCAACGAAGGCUUGCGAAUUGUGCUGCCGUUUACCUGGAGAAAAUCAACCUUGUUUAUCUUCUUUCGACUGGAAUUCGCCACCCUACGAUAUUCCUGAUAUGUUUUCGAAACCCGGCACUCCAUGCAAUGAAUACAAUGGAUACUGUGAUGUUUUUCAAAAAUGUAGAGAGGUGGAUCCCAGUGGACCUUUAGCAACAUUAAGAAAACUUUUACUAUCAGACGAAAGUCUGGCCACUUUCAAACGAUGGAUGGCCGAACACUGGUAUGCUGUGGCUCUAAUAGUCCUGGGAGUCAUUUCUCUACUGGUGGCGAGCACGAGAUUAUUGGGAAAACGUCCGGACCAAAAACUGAAAUCGAUUACAAUAAUCCACAGCUCAACGACGGAGACUGUACGACUUCCACCGGAAGGAACGGAGGGAGUAACUGUACAUCCGCCAGCGGUUCGUGCGAAACUACCUCUAAGCAGGAAGGUGAGGGAGAAGAGACAUCGUCGAAAGCAUAAGGAUGCCAACCCAUCCGCAAAUACUGCAAACGAAAAGUCUUCAAAGGCCAAGAAGAAGAGGGUGGCGCCCGCCACUACAGAGGAGCCAGCUCGUAAAAGAUUGGCCGAGGCAGUUACCGCGCCGGAAGUAAAGCAAAAGAAGGUCACAAAAGACAAGCAACCGACGGAAAGUGGCGGUGGCGGCGUUGGUGGUGGUGGUGGCAAUGGAAACAAGAAAAAACGCAAGAAAAAAGAGGUGAUCGAUUAUUCGGCAACGCAAACUGAGAAUGAAAAUAAUGGAACAGUUGGCGUUGGUGGUGCAGUUGGUGCCGGAAGUGGAGGUGUAACUGACAAUGCUGAUCCAAAGAGUAAAGUGCGAUCAUGGCUCUUGGCGUCACAAUGUCGUGUUGAUCCACCAACUUCUGCUUUAUCAAAAAGUAAAUCGACUCCAGUUGGUCUUACAACGCCUGCGAAUGUUAAUUCAAGGCCCAAUCCAGGACGAGUGAAACACGUGACAUUAAGAAGACUGACUGAUCCAAAAUCACGAAGUUUAGGAUCACUCGCGAAAAAUAAUAAUGAUAAUAAUAAUAAAACGGAUCGUGUGAGGCUACAAGUUGUUUAUAAGCCACCAUUUAAAUUCAGUGUGAAACUUCGUAAAGCCGAUAAAGUUGGACAAACACCUGGCGUACAUGGACCAACAAGAAAUGCGGGACCAAGAACGGGAGUGCUUGUUAGAACGAAACGAGAUAAAACACGAAUUGCACAAACAAAACAAAUUCAUGCUCCAAAUAAAACUAUUAAUGCAUGCAUUCCUGAACCACCGACAUCGGAUCUUCAUACUGUGCCCUCUGACCUUGAGGUUCUUCUUUCUGAGAGCGAAUUUCUUUUCUCGGAUGCGUGAUCCCAGGGGAUUCGUUCACGACCACAAUUUACGAUAUACGAUUCUUUGUCGAGAUGACGAUAAACAUUGUCAGGCAAUAUUUUCAACGACAUCCACGGGGAAAAUAUAAUUUCCUCGCCUAGAAGGGAAAUAAUUGUAAUCUAAUUUACCGAAGAAGAGGAGCUAACAACCUCUCGCAAAGCUUUUAAGAAAAAAAAAAAUACAAAAUUGAGAAGCAGAGUUGAUUAAACUGGUUCUUAAUAAAAAAAAAAAAAAAAAAAAAAAUCGCUGAUAAAUGAGAGGUACCUAUGUAAAUAAAAACUUUUUCACUGUGAUUUACUUUUCUCAUCGUUGACAGAAAGUUUUCUUUAUUGAUACGAUGGUAAAAAUUCUUGUACUUAAACUGCUAGUCACGAUUCUCGCAAUGAUUCAUUUAAGUGCGAUGGGUCGUGUAAAUAAAUAAAUAAGUAAAUAAAAAAUGACUUAACCAGUGUGCUUAAAACAUAAAUGUAGUUCGAUUUUAAAAAGCGAAACGUAUGCACACUUUGAAAUGUAUAUGAAUUUUCUACGUGUGCUUUUGAAUGGAACGAACUAUAUAUAUAUAUAUAAAAAAAUUGUUUACAAUUUACGGAAAUUGUCACAAUUUAAUUUUAAUUGCAAACUAAAAUUGCGAUUAAUUUAAAAAAAAUGAACGAAUGCGAUUUUGAAAUUUAUUUAUAUUCCAUCAUGAAGCCGUUAAAAUAUAUAUUUAAGGUAGUUCUUUCAAUGACAAACGUUGCCAAAAAUUCCACUUGGAAUUUUACAUUUUUUAUUUCAAUCAAAAAAUCGUGAAAAAUAAAAUUAAAUCAAUCGUUUUUUUAAAAUAAUGAUUCAAAUUUAUUAAUUCUACAAAAGAAAAGUAAUUUAAAUUUGGAUAUAUGAAAAUUUUUUUCAAUUUCCAUGUUUUAAUUUUUUUUUGGCAUAGUCGUUAAAUUUAACUACCUGAACCUAGUCAUGUAAACAUAACUAUGGGGAAACAAAUAUUUUACUUGACGGAAUAAAAUAUAUUUCGAACGUGUGUAAUAUUAAUAAUAAUAAUAAUAAUUAGUCAAUAUUAUUAGAGUCGAUGAACUUUGGACCAAAUGUAAAUGUUGCACGAUUAUUGAUUCUCUGGUUUGCCUAUAACGAUUAUUAGGCAUUGUUAAAAUUAUAAUUAUUUCAUGUGUCGCUGAUAAUGUUAGAGCUAACAGAACAUUGCCAUAAUAUACGUCAGCUAUUUCACCGUAAUGUGAUAUGUGCCAAUACAUAAUAAACCAUAAACCACCGCGCACUGCCCCUUCAAAAUGAAAAUUUCAUUUUUCGAAAACAAAAACCAAAAGAAAA